AUGCGAUAUGAAAUAAAUGGAAUAGAGAUACAAAAAUUAAAAUCACCCGGAGUGUCGUCUUGCUUGAAAGCGUUCUGCUCCUAUACUCCAAAUGAAAUGAAUACAUUGGACAACUGUGCUUGGGACUCGGCAAUGGACGGUGAAGAUAAUAAAAAUUUUAUGACCGGCAAUGUAUUUACCGGAUGCAUACCUCUAAAACAUUUAUUCGGAUUUUAUGAAGAUUAUAAAAAAAUUUUACUCAAUUGCAAUCAACAACUAAUUUUAAAUCGUUCGUCUACUGAUUUGGAUGCAAUACGUGUUGUGGAUGCCGGAGCCACCGAACACGUUGAGAAAAAUAAAAAAAUUACAAUUGAACUGACUAAGGUGACUUGGAAGAUGCCUAUUAUCAAAGUCAGUGAUAAAGAAAAAUUAAAGUUAUUGAAAGUAUUAGAUUCUCGUAAAACACUAUCGUGUGCGUUCAGAACCUGGGAUCUAUGCGAGUAUCCAGUACUCCCUAGAAAUACAUCGCAUUCGUGGACUGUUAAGUCUAGCACUUUGCUCGAAAAACCUAGAUUUGUUUUGUUCGGAUUACAAACAGGUAGAAAAAACAAUAUCGAAACUGACGCUGGUCGAUUUGAUCACUGUCAACUAAAAAAUCUUAAGGUACACUUAAACUCUGAAGUGUAUCCAUAUGAAGACUUUCGAGCUGAUUUUAAAAAUAAUACCACCAGCAUACUUUACAAAGCUUAUACAGACUUUCAAAAAUCGUAUUACGAAAGAGAUUAUUGUGAACCAUUGUUAUCAAAACAUGUUUUUCAAACUUAUACUCCAAUCGUCGUUGUUGAUUUGUCGUACCAGAAUGAUAACGUUAAAUCAUCGACCGUAGACCUACGAAUAGAUUUUGAAACGGACACAGUUAUUCCAGAAAAGACUGCAGCUUAUUGUUUAAUACUACAUGAUCAGAUUAUAACUUACAAUCCGUUUAGUGGAGAUGUUAGAAAAUUGUAA